CACCUUUGACGCAACUUAAUCGAUUGAUCUUCACUUCUUUUCGUAGUCAUUCUACAAUCUUUGUGACGAUAAAGAUAAUCGGAUAUUCCUACUUGAGCAUGUUUUGACAGGAAAGCACUUCCUUUCAAGAACACUAGUGAACAACUUCCGGUGAUUAUUGUAGUAGGCCCCGCUUACAAACAUCAUGAUGAAGCUAGACCUACAAAGCCGAGAGAUAAAUAUUUUUCCGGAAAUCGAUUACAGGAACCGAUAAAAGACUAUAAUAAGGGUUCAUGUGAUUGCCAGAUCAACGUAGGGGAUGAUCAGCCAACUGGAAGAAAACCUCAAAGUCUGGAGACGGCACGAGAAACUGUUUACCGUUCUCGUCUGGACACACGGUAUCGCCAUUUUUGUUCUCAGCGGUGUGGUGUUCGAGUUAGCUUAUGAGAUGAGCACGGUCCGACUACUGGGCAUCAUGUGGCUGGUGGGCACCAUCCUCUUGACCUGCUUGGGCUGCCAUAGUGUCAGCUCUCACACCCGGGCCUCUCUCACAUGGUUUGCAGUCUUGCUGACAGUUGGUAUCAUCGGGAAUAGUAGCAUCAUGGCACUCUCUAUCAUUACCUUUGAUGUCCAAGAGGUCUUGGGAGACGUGAAGUUCCGGCUGAAGGAACAGUACGGCAACGCUGAGAGCAUUAAGAAAGGUCACCUGUUACAUGAACUGUACGAAUUCCAGGCUGAGAAAGGCUGUUGUGGAUUAGACGGAUACAACGACUAUUGGCCGAGCACAACUCAACCUUGUCGGCCCCUACUUACACAGGCCAUAAGGAGAGCUUACGUCACCUUUCUUAUAGACGUGGUCACAGCAAUAGCCGCAGAGGUACUGAUUCUUCUCGUGGUUGUCAAGCUCAUCCUGAUGGUGGAGCCUCUAACCCAUCAACUAACUUCGUUCCAAGAGAACCCCAAGCGCUCCAGCUCUAGGACAUUUCGAUACUCUCUGACAAGCUCAGAGCCCGACAGUAAGGAGGAAGACACAGAGGACAGCACGUCUCUCAUCUACAAUGCUUCAAGGAGCAACCCAAGCACUAGAGACCCCAAUGACCAAAACUCGUCCGAAGACCGGCAGGAGACAUUAAAGCAAGAAAGUUGGCACUCUCUCUCGGAUAGCCCUCCUUACAGUGACCCGUCCGGACGACAGCUUAGUGAGUCUUCGUUCAGGAAUUCCCAGUCCAGGAAGAAAAGCCAAACCGAUUCCGGAGGCCAGCCGCGGCAAAGAAGCCGUACCAGUUCGGAAAACCAGCCCAGCAAAAACCGCCAAGUCAGUGCGGAAGACCAGUUCGGAGAAAGAAGCAGGGACACUUCUGAAGUCCAGAACUUGACCACCCCGCUCUACUACCAGCCAAGAAAAUAUCAGCUUUCCGGUGGACCCGAACAGCUCAAUCCUAGCUUCCAGUCCAGAAACCCCCCAUCUAACUUCCAGUCCAGAAAUCCCCCACCAAACUUCAGGCCCCGAAAUCCCCCUCCCAACUUCCGUUCCAGAUAUCCCCAACCUAACUUCCGGCCCAGAUAUCCUCCCCCUAACUUCCAGCCAAGACAGCCCCCGCCUUGGGUUGCCCAGCCUAACCCCAGGACCUCUCAGCCUAGUGACUUUCAAGCAGACUCCGAUCCAAAGACAUCCCAGCUCGUCAACGAAAAUAGACCAUCGUUCGAAAGCCAACCUAGAACAUCACAGUCAAUGAAUACCCAACCCAAAAUGUCUCAGCCAAUGAAUACCCAACAAGGAAUGUUUCAGCCAAUGAACUCCCAAUCUAGGCCCUCUCAGCCAAUGAACUCCCAAUCUAGGCCCUCUCAGCCAAUGAACUACCAGCCACGACCCUCCCAUCCAAUGAAUUCCCAAUCUAGGCCCUCUCAGCCAAUGAGCUACCAGUCACGACCUCCUCAGCCAAUGAACUCUCAAUCUAGGCCGUCUCAGAAAAUGAACUCCCAAUCUUGGCGGCCUCAGCCAAUGAACUCCCAAUCUAGGCCCUCUCAGCCAAUGAACUACCGGCCACGACCCUCUCAGCCAAUGAACUCCCAAUCUAGGCCCUCUCAGCCAAUGAACUACAGGUCACGAUCCUCUCAGCCAAUGAACUCCCAAUCUAGGCCCUCUCAGCCAAUGAACUACAGGUCACGAUCCUCUCAGCCAAUGAACUCCCAAUCUAGGCCCUCUCAGCCAAUGAACUACCAGUCACGACCCUCUCCGCCAACGAACUCCCAAUCUAGGCCCUCCCAGCCAAAGAACUACCAGUCCAGGCCCUCUCAGCCAAUCAGCUACCAGUCAAGGCCCGUCGACACUCCGCCCACAUAUACAAACCGAGGCAAAUCAAAAGCUCAACGAAAGAAAUCUAUGCAGCCCACCGAUAGGGACAGUGCCAGAUUCCCUCCCAGCCAAUCCAGGGCGUCCCGAGCCCAGUCCAAGGAAUCUGACGACCCGGUGGCAUCAGACAAUAGAGCUCCCACCCCUACUUCAAACUUAACGCCCAGACGAUCGUCUAUUUUCACCGUGACACCAGAUAUCGACUACCGUAUGCAGCCCCGCCCCAAAUCCCGAGGUGGAAGAAAAGUGUUCUGAAUGUUUGAAUAAAUGGUGGAGGACAUAAGUGUUUCACUGGCGUCUGUGCCGUAGCAUUUACACACUUCGUCGUCACAAGCAGGAUACUCAAGUUCGAUUACCGAGGUGGGACAUUUUUAUAGAGUUUCUCAGUCUUCGACUGGGACGUUGUAUCCAUCUCAGCUGGGGUUGGUUCUGAGAGGCUGGGUUGAAACCCGCCUCCCAAAAGAUCUAAAUUGUGUCGAUGGGGGUAUAAAUCACCUGCGUUAAAAAGAAGUGAAGAGAUUCCAUCCAUACGCCAAACCGGUGUGUUUCGGGAGGUUUCGGGAUUUGGGGGGAGGGAAGGCUUAAUUAAAAUGUUCACAGAAUGACAUGGUAAUUACAGUGUCUGAUUUGAAAAAGCUACGAGAAGGAGGGAGAGGUAGAGGGGUGGGAGUGCACAAAAGAAAGAAAGUGUAGGGGGUGGGA